AUGAUAAAGGAACACGAGAUGAUGAUGAUGAUGAUGAUGCUGAUGGAAAAUGAGAUGAAAGUGAUUAUGAUGAUAGAGAUGAUGAUAAACGAAAAGGAGACGAUGAUGAUGAUGAUGAUGAUGAUGGAAAAUGAGAUGAAAAUGAUUAUGAUGAUCAAGAUGAUGAUGAUGAUGAUAAAGGAAAACGAGACGAUGAUGAUGAUGAUAAUGGGAAAUGAGAUGAAAGUGAUUAUGAUGAUAAAGAUGAUGAUGGAUGCUGAUGACGAUGAUGAUGAUAAUGGAGAGAGAGAGAGAAGUGAUGACGAUGAUAAAGGAAAACAAGAUGAUGGUGAUAAUGAGGAUGACGAUAAUGGAAAAUAA